AUGCCUAGGAUGCAUUCCGCGCGGGACGGCUUUAAAGAUGAUUUUGUUCGGAUGUUUGGUGGUGGUAUUAUCCCUAGUUAUGUGUUGCUUCAAAACUAUGAUAUGACUGCUUCAUUUGUUAUUCCCGAGGAUGCUCUUAUUCCCAAUUUCCCAAAAUAUGUAAUCAAAGAAUUGCAGAAGGUCAAAGUUGUAGAUAUGCACAACGGCGAAUUAGUUGUGGAUCUCCUGCAGUCUAUAGUAGAGAUAGUUACAUACGGCGAUAGACAAGAUCCGCAGAUUUUUGAGUGUUUCAUGGAACACCAAGUUUUGGCAGAGUUUGUUCGUGUAAUAAAGAUUAGUAAGAACUCAAAGAUUGAGGCACCUUUACUUCAGUAUCUAAGUAUAAUGAUCCAAAACAUGGAGAGCGAACAUGCAAUCUCCUGCAAGGAUGCUGUGGUAUCCUUCCCCCUCUACAGCGAGGCUCUUAAAUUUGCUCAGCAUGGGGAAAAAAUGAUUCAGACUGCUGUACGUGCAGUGACUCUCAAUAUAUAUAAUGUUUGUGAUGAUAUGGUUUAUCAGUUCAUAACAACGCCUCCAGUUUCCAAGUACUUCUCAGACUUGGUUCAUAGCUUGAAAGAGCAAUGCAUUCAUCUAGACAACGUUGUCCAUGCUUCAGAGGAGAUGGACUUUAAUCAAAGAAGAAAGGAACUACUUUUAGAAACUGAUAGAAUUGUUGAUGACCUGUACUACUUAAAGGAUAUUCUUUGUGUUGGUGAAUCACGUUUGUGUAAAGUGGUUGCGCAGAAUGUUCUCAACUUGCUUGUCUUUCCCAUAUUGCUUCCUUUGCUUCAAUUAACACAGAGUGAUUCUGCAUUUGCAUUCUUCAGAAAGCAUGUUCAAACGUGCCUUUUAGAUUUGGGAUCGAUGAAAUACCUUAGGCUUGGAUCACUUGCACAUUCGUUUUCAUUGUAUGCUAUCUGUAUUACUGCAAAGAAGACUGAGGCCAAAAGCUCUGAGAAAGAACUUCCACCUGGUUCAAAUCUAUCUCCAAUCACUUCUCUGUAUAUAGUUUCUCGUCUUAUUCAAGUCAUUGGUGGAGAGAGUAUUGUUAACUAUGUGGCUGGAGUUCUUCUAUAUCCUUAUAUGUCCUCAAGUGUGAGGGAUGCAUGGGAAGCUCAUUCAAGCAGUGCUUUUUUCAAUCAUCUGAAUGGUAUGGAAAAAUUGCCAUGUUCUAUUUCUGAGUCUGAAGGUGCUGAAAGCGUCAAUUGGAACCCUCUUCAUGGGCAUUUGCAAGAUGAACCACCAAUCACUGUGCAAAUAAAGUGGCAUACUGGAUGGUUCCUGGGGGAGCUACUGGUUUUAAAAGGAAUCAAGCUUGAUGAACACAAUUUCCAUCUAUUUAAUACCUCGUAUGAGCGGUCCUGCAAGUGUGUCCAGAAAGAACUAGAUGGAUUCUGGUUUGAUCAUAUCAUGGAUGCUUUGAGAAAUGAAUGGGCAAGCUGUAAAACAGCUCUCGAGGAACCAUCCCAAUCCAAAGACCCCCUUUUCCUUCUAGAACUUGCUAUCUGCCAGAUUGCUGAUGGUGACGCAACUUCUUCCCAUGUGGCUUGGCAAAGAAUGGUGGAUGCAGUGAAGGUCUUCAUUCUGCAUCUUCAGUUGAAGGCUUUUAUUUCCAAAGGAGAGUUUCUUGAGAAGUCCUUCCUGGAUUCCAUAGUCAUUCUUCCCUUUGAUUCUGCAAAAAACCUAGCUUCAGGUCUUUCAUUUGCUAGCUUUGGGUCAGAGGUUUCCAUAGGCUCGGGAAUCCCUUGCAGGAUUGCCUUCUCAAAUGCAGGAAUCAGAGAUAUUUACCUGAUACCUGUGGCAAGGGGAAUGUCUGGGAAAUUGCUUCUUGUGGAGAAACAUCCCUUCCGCAGUCAACGUGGUCUUGUAAUUGCCAUUGCUCCAUUGGCAGGAUUGAGUCCGAAGAUAGACAAGGAUCAGCCCACAUGGCUGCAUCUCAGGAUAAGAGAGUUUGAACCCAGAUUAAAUGUGGGUAAAAAUAGAAGCUACAAAUCAAAGGCAUUCAAUCAAGUUGCAGAUGGGAGAUGGACAAUUGGUUUUCCAAAUGCAAAAGCUUGUGAUGCUGCUCAAUCGGCAGUACUUGAGGAAACUAGUAAGCAGAGAUCCUCUGUGGAUACUCCUCGAUCCAAACCUCCUCAGGAGAAGAAAGUAAAGCUAAGGGAGGUGUUUGAUAAUCUAAUUAAUCGGAUUAAUUCAUUAUUAGUUUUAAAGGAAAAUACAUAUGGUCAACACGGAAUGAGUGAAUAG